GAGAACAAAUAUGGGAAUGUCCCACUCAUAUCACAAUGUUUCAUCUAUGGGGAAAGUAGUGAUGUCUUUAUCAUUGGUAUUUUCGUGUUAGAAGAAGACAAAUUGAAAGAAGUUUUAAGAGGAAUUGGUGUUGAGUAUACAGAUGAUAAAGACAAAAUGAAGACAAUCCUCAACUCAAUGGAUGUCCGUAAGAAGGUUUUAAGUGUUAUUCAAAAUGGAAUUCGAAUGAUGAACGUCCCAGGCUAUGAAGUCGUGAAAAACUGUUACUUCGAAACAGAGCCUUUCUCUGCUGAAAAUGAUUUACUCACUCCAUCUUUCAAACUAAAAAGAACACAAGCUAAAAAGAAAUACAUAGAAAUUACUAAGAUAUUAAGAGCGGAAGUUAACAAAGGAAUAAUUUAA